CGAACCCUUUUUUGAAGCCAUCAUCAACUCAUCCCAGAAGAUUCUGCGCAGACGCAUCAUCGUCACAGACCCAGACUCACCCAGAGUUCUUCCCAGUGUCGGCAUCCCUGCCAUUCUCUGACCCGCCCACCCUGCUUCCAUCGGAUCAUCAGCAGACUUACGCUAGGGAGGAAUCGGUCUCGGAAGCCAAAUCUCAUCAGCAGCGUUUUCUUAGACCCACAGAAAGGAAAGACGCUCCAUGGCGUUCGGAACUCGAGAACCGUUCGAAAGGUCCGGUCCGGGAGCGGCGGACACUGCCGCAGCCGUCGCAGCGGCCGCAGCGGCUGCUACAACAGAGGAGACCGUUGGGAGAGAUGAGACGGCGGGCAAGAGGAGGCCCGAGAAGGCAGUGGCAGCUCCUGAUUGGCUGCCUGACGGCUGGCACGUGGUGGAAAAAGUCCGCGUGUCAGGCAGUUCCGCUGGCACGAAAGACAAGUACUAUCACUCUCCGGAUGGCCGAGUGUGUCGCUCCAAGGCAGAAGUGAUGGCUUAUCUGCAGGGGCGGAAGCCCAGGAAGAGGGGAACGACAACCUCGCAGCAACCGCAACAGCAGCAACAGCACCAGCAGCAACAGCAGCACCAGCAGCAACAGCACCACCAGCAGCAGCAGCAGCAACAACAGCAGCAACAGCACCAGCAGCAGCAGCAGCAGCAGCAGCAGCAGCAGCAGCAGCAGCACCAGGAGCACCAGCAGCACCAGCGUCAACAGCAGCAGGAACAGUGGCAGCAGCAUCAAAAUGCUUCAGCACAGCCUUUUUUCACCCCGUGCCCUCUCACCGCCCACACCACCCACGCCACCCACCAUACACGCACAGGCGUAGCCAGCAUGCCUGUGCCAUCGUCACGUCGUCUGGGUUCGCUCUCGUCCACUGGCUUCACCGUCACAGGGCAGCCAGCUGUCGCCACAGCUGGCGUUUGGAGCGCUGCUUCUCGUUGCCAGAACGCUGCUGGGGCUUUUUGUGCGGCCGCUGCUGGUGCAUUUGGUGCGGCCACUGCUGCUGCUGCUAACGGGGGAGUGCCUGCCAGUUUUACGUCAUCACCUGUAACUGCGGUAUUUGAGGGCGUGCACGUGCAUCAUCGGCACAUGGCGCCAGCACCAGCACCAGCAGCAGCAGCAAUACCCACCGUUUUUGCGAGACCAGCAGUCCCGAACGAAGCAAGCAGCGUGCAUCCGCAUGCUGCUGGCGUCUCCCACCCCCGUCCCUGGCACUUCCAGGCUUCGCUCGUGUUCGGAUUUCCUGCAACGUGCCCCUACCCUCUUACACCUCCUGUGUUCCACGCGAAUUUCACCUCCCAGGCACCCCUGAUGGCUGCAGGACGUGGUGCUGUGGGGAGAGAAGGGAUCGAGGCAGUGGUUAUGGCAGCAUGUGCAGAGGAGGCGAUUGAGGAGGUACCGGGGGAGGUGCGUGUGCACGUACAGGAAGAGAAUGACGUACGGCAAUCACGCACAGGUGUAGCACAUUGUCACGCACCAACAGAAGCAGCAGCAGGAGAAGCGGCGCAAGCAGCGGCACUCAAGUCAGGUGGCAAUGUGUUUGAGGCACGGCGGCGCAGCGCGAGGAGGAAGCAAAGGGCGAAGAGGGAUUGGCAGGAUGAAGAAACAGAAUCAGAACACACAGAUAGCUGGAUCGGGGAAGGGGAUUUUGAACUGGCGUGGAAUGGGAAUGGCGAGGGAGAGGGGGAUAGGAGUGGUGAGGACGGGAUAUGUGGUGGUGCAGCCAUGGAGGAGAGAAAGAGGGAUGAGGCGGGUGGGAGGAGAAGGGCCGAAGGGAAAGGCGUGAGGUCGACGGUGGGGAGGACCGGACAGGGCAUGUGGGAGGGUGGAAAUGAGAGGAAGGAUGCGAGCGUAUUGAAGUGUGAGAGUGGUCGGACGAACCCUGCAGGGAUUUUCACAGAGAGAUCAGAAGCAGGCAUGCAGUGGUUGAUGAAGGUGGGAGGGGGUGGAUGUGGGGGAGUGGAUAGAGGAGAGAUCGAGGGAUGCCAGAUGGAGGUGAGUGGGGAUGUGGGUGCAAGUGCAAGGGCAAGUGAGCAAGGGCAGCGUAUACAGGUAAAAGCUGAGGGCGCGUAGUUGUAUGUAUGUAUGACGAGCAGAAAGAUCGGCAGGAAGCAGCUGCAGGCGCAUUUUACGUGUAUUCAACUCUGGCGGAGCAGCUCUAGGAGGAGGGACGUUUGCUGCCACAGUGACAACAGUGUCAGUCAGCUACAGCAACAGUGCCAACACCACGCGGUCCACAGUGCCCAAAGCUUAGUUCAUGAAUCAUGAUGAUGCAUCGAUUGACGGGCCUUGUCGAACGAAAGGAUUGUAAGCCUCUGUCUUCUUAGGAAGCCCUAAGUAAAUUUGUGUUUAAAUG